UCUACAACAGAGACAGAAGGAGGACUUGGGACAUGCGUAACACUCCAGACAGCACAGCAAUGGCAGGCAACAUCAGUGACUACAAUCUCUGCUGUGAUUACGAUUCAGACCAUGACUGUUUGAACAACUUGCUCUUGAACAUCAGCAACAGCUCAGAUCCCAGUUGUAGUGACCUGUCGUCUUAUUGGUGUGAGGCUGGUGAGCAUGAGUUCACCAUCAAAAUGUUCCAGACUUGUGUUUUCUGCGUCAUCUUCCUGCUGGGCGUGGUGGGAAACUGCCUGGUGAUUGCCACCUUUGCCCUCUACCGCCGCCUCCGGCUUCGCUCCAUGACUGAUGUCUUCCUCUUCCACCUGGCACUGGCUGACCUCCUCCUGCUCCUCACGCUACCAUUACAGGCCGUUGAAACUCACCUGGGUUGGAUCUUCUCCGUUCCCCUCUGCAAGGCCACGCGUGCCUGCUACGCUAUCAACACCUACAGUGGGCUGCUGCUGCUGGCCUGCAUCAGUGUUGACCGCUACUUGGUGGUGGCGCGAGCCCAGGAGAUGCUCAGGCUGCGCAGUCAGAUUUUAAGAGGUGGGAAGGUAGCCGCUCUGGGUGUGUGGGUCGUUGCGGUGCUCCUCAGCCUGCCUGAAAUCCUCUUCUCUGGGGUGUCGAAUGUGUUCAGCGGUGAUGGAAUGAUGCCUUACUGUGGCAUGAUUAAGAGUGGAACAGUCAAAGUGGCCACCAAUGGAGCCAUCAUUGCUGUCUUCUGCCUGUCCUUCUUGAUUAUGGUGACAUGCUACACUUUGAUUGCUCAAGUGCUGUGGGAGGGGAACAGUCAUCGACGAGGGAAGGUGUGGCACCGGCAGCGCACCUUGAAGCUGAUGGUGGCCCUGGUGGUGGUGUUUCUUGUGUUCCAACUACCAUACACUGUGGUGCUGUCGCGUAAAAUGGCAGAGCAGUUCUGCAGUCUUCUGUUGGAGUACAUCACCUGCACAUUGGCGUACACCCGCUGUUGCCUCAACCCUAUCCUGUACGCCCUGGUAGGUGUGCGCUUCCGUAAUGACGUGCUGAGGAUCAUCCAGGAUUCAGGCUGUCCAUGUGGGCGCCGCAUGGUGCCACCGACAGUGAGCACCACCUCCAUCACCCCCUCCUCACCUGCUUUCACCGUGCUCUCAGUUUGCUCUCCAACAUUCCCCAAACGCAGUUACUCCAGCAAUGAGACAGCGGUGAUCCCCACCAAGUUUCAGUUUCAAGCAACCAAUAAUAUUUAAUGAAAUGGACAAUAAACUUGCUGUACACUUUGCAUUGUUUAUAUACACAUUGUGUACAGUUACUAUACAGAUGCAGUGAACCUACAAAUGCACUGCAAACAUAUGCAUAUAAUUAUUAGGACUGGAAAUCAUCGGAAAAUUUUCAU